AUGACCAUGACACUUUCACUAUUUUCAACUAUUAGUGUCAACUGUCAAAUGUCAUACCAUCAAAUGUCAAUCAACCACUGUCAAGUGUCACUGUCUGACUUGAAGAAGGAAGGAACUGUAGUUAGUACAGAUUUACGUAACCACAAAAGUGCGAUACAUUUUCAAAGAUUAAAACGCAAUCAUAUACUGAACAAAAUGUUGGGUCGUUUGGGAAAGAAACACGUUGAAAUCGCAGCGUCUUUCGCUACGUCAGCCGUCGGCUUUGGAGGUGCGGCUUUCACUGGUCUUCUCUACUUCACGGAUUGGAAGCUGUUCUGCGCCAACAUCCCAUUUUAUGGAGGAAAGUUUAAAGACGAAGAAGAAAAGUAA